CUGGAGGCUGUGGAAUGCGAGAGGACGACAAGGGCAUGCUCGGCGGUGGCGCCAGUGAUGCGGGUCUGGCCAACGCCGCGGCGCGGGGGCAGGUGGAGAAGGUGCGACAGCUCCUGGAAGCCGGAGCAGAUCCCAACGGAGUCAACCGCUUCGGGAGGCGCCCGAUCCAGGUCAUGAUGAUGGGCAGCGCUCGUGUGGCGGAGCUGCUACUGCUCUACGGCGCAGAGCCCAACUGCGCUGAUUCCGCCACGCUCACCCGGCCUGUGCACGAUGCAGCCCGGGAGGGCUUCCUGGACACGCUGGUGGCGCUGCAUGGGGCUGGGGCGCGGCUGGAUGUGCGAGACGCCUGGGGCCGUCUACCGGUGGACCUGGCUGAGGAGCGGGGCCACCGUCAUGUCGCGCGCUACCUGCAUGCAGCUGUAGGGGACUGAUGGCAGGUUCCCAAAGCCGCCCACGAGGACUUCUUUUCUCUCCAGCACCCUACCCCGAUCUACUUCAGUGAAGGCUGCAAACGUGGAGCGGCACAAAGCUUGCAAGCCUGUCAGAGCAACUAUGGCUCCCAGAGGAAGGAGGAGCCAACCGGAAAAUAAGUUCCUGUUCCUACUUGCUUAUGAAUCUGUAUCCAGCCGUGAAACACUCACCAUGAGGCC